GAGCAACAGGCAGAAGUGGGAAAACUUUCUCCAGUGUGAACCCAACCCUUUUCCCCAUAUUAUCUAGACUUCGCAGAUCAAGACACACUGAAAAAGUUGCCAGCGUGUGUGCUCAGCAUCAGGUUAAUCAUCUGUGGACACAGUUCUAAAUAAGAGUGGACAAUGGAUUACUCCACUGUGGGGGGACAGGAUCCUGCCCAUCAUUAUUUGGAACCUUCCAGUUUGCAAGCAAAUGAUGACACUGAAUUAUUUUUCACUGGUUCAGAGGGUGUUGACUCUGUGCCCACCUAUUUCUCUCGGAUGCCUGAAUCCUACAGACAUUCUCCAGUGCGGCAAUUGUACCCUAUCCUCAAUGGUUUGCAAUGGGUGGAUGGACACCCCUAUAACACGGCAGCUUGGGCCUCCAGUUCCUCUGGCAAACCCCAUGCUGGACUUCCAAUCUAUACCUCCGCAUCGUCCUCAUAUCAGACUCUCCAAGCACCUCCUUCGCCCAAGGACCUUACCCCCGAUGACAAAGGGAGCCCCAGAUACCUGGAGAUGCUGAAGACAGAGAGGAUGAGCCCCACUCAUGCUGAACUGUUGCCGUUGGGGACCUCACCAGGAGCAGCCCACUCCCCUUACACAGUGGGGCAGGAAUAUGGAUACUUCCAGCCAGCUGGGAGCCCCCUGACUGCUAGAUACUCCCCCAAACUACGGGGAGCAGUGCAGCUCUCCCCCAGUGAGGCACGUGAAUGUGUGAACUGUGGGGCCACGGCCACACCACUCUGGCGAAGGGAUGGCACCGGUCACUAUCUGUGCAAUGCCUGCGGGCUCUACCACAAGAUGAAUGGGCAGAACCGGCCCCUCAUCCGGCCCAAGAAGCGCCUGAUUGUCAGCAAGCGAGCUGGAACCCAGUGCAGUAACUGCCAGACGACCACCACCACUCUCUGGCGUCGCAACGUGAACGGAGAACCUGUUUGCAAUGCCUGUGGCCUCUACUUCAAAUUGCACAAUGUGAAUCGUCCCCUGGCGAUGCGCAAGGAUGGGAUCCAGACACGAAACCGCAAGGUCUCCUCAGCCAAGUCCAAGAAGCGCAAAGGAAGUUCUGCAGGAGCCGCCAUGGCCACAAGCACCUCCUUGGAGCUGCUGCCACCUCCUCUGAUGGGGGAUGAACCUGCUGCUCUCUACACCCUCAGCCCCAUGAUGCUGCCAGGACAUCUGCUCCCUUUUGGACCCAAUCCACACCUUCUAGGGUCUCCACCAGGCUUUCCUCCACAGGCUCCCCCUGCCCCACAUGGCUCCCCUGGAGUCGUCUCUGCAUUAGGGUAAAGAACCCUGUAACACACACCCCAUACCUCUAUGUACAGUGACUCUGGGACAUAAGCAAGGAAGUUGCACCCCUCCAUUGAUAACCUUUUGGAGCAGCCACAUUAACCGCUUACAGGAUGGGCCCUUUGAAAGGGCAGGUGAACAUGAUUGCAACAGGAGAGUACCAUGAUCAGAGACAUACUAUGGUGACAUUCACAAA